GGUACAAACUGCGCGUGCGCGAAGAGCAACGAGGACUGUUUUCGUCACCAAACAGGAAGUAAACAAACCGGGCCUCGGUCAGACGUACCUCGAGACGGUCGGGACGAGUCGGGGGGAUCAUCGCAGACGCCUACGAGACCCCCCCGCGCAGGUGUGAUGUUGCUCUGGCAUGUGUGAUCUCCACAUCUCCGAGGGUGUCGAGACAGUUUUUCAUGCCUGCGGUGCCAUGGCUGAAGUGUUGGGACAGAGGAGCUUGCUGGGCCUCGGUGUGGUGUUGGCAUGGCUGGUUCUGUUCCACCUGCUGGUCAACAUCUGGCUGCUCUGCGUGUUCACCAGCCUGCUGGUCGUGCUGGGCGGCUGGUUUGGCUCACAAGCGGUCCUAGAGUCCAACAGUGUGAUUCACCUGGAGAGGUUUAUCACCCUGGAGCAGGUUCCACCCUCUGCGGAGGAUGAUCAACACUUGGACCAGGAGAUCCACAACACAGUGGGGAAAAUCAUCAGGGACUUUGUCACCUCCUGGUAUUCCACUGUGUCCUCUGAGAGUGGUUUUGAGACAGAGGUUCAAGAGGCCAUGAUCUCUAUGGCUAUGGAACUGAAGAGUCGUGCAAGACAUGUCAACAGGAAGGAGCUCACUCUGAGGAUCCUCGAUCUGUUUGGCUGCCACCUGCAGGACUAUGUCAGAGCCAAGCAGCUGGUGACUGAGCAGCAGACGCCCAUGAACAGCCAGAGCCAGCAGUUGUGGAAAGCUUAUCGCGGGGUCACCACACCUCAUCUUGCAAUGACCGGUGACACAGUGGAGCUCAACUACACGAGAGCUUUUGUAGAUUUGCUGUUGCACGUUUUGGUGCCAUUGCCGCACUUAGAGUCCAGAACCGGACGGUUUGUUGUCGGAGAGCUCCUCACCUGCAACGUCAUUCUCCCUUUCAUUGAAAAACUGUCUGACCCUGACUGGUUAAACAGCCUUAUCAUUGAAAUAUUCAGCCAAUCCAGCAAACUCUCGGAACCAAUUACGUCAGAGCCCCUGACUCAAUCCCCCCCCCCACCACCACCAACUGCUGAAUCAGAGCUCCCUUCACCACAAGAGACAGCACAGGCACCUCAAAGGAACAUUGAAGUACCUCCAGCAAGUACAGAGACUGAAAUUGUCCCCGAGACAGAGGUGCCUGAGUUUGCUGCCUAUGAUGUCUUUGACUCAGAGGAGGUGGACAGUCCACAGAAUAACAUUGAAGUAGAAGAAACUAUUCGACCCUUCCUCGAGCAUUACAUGAGAGUUAGCAAGUCAAACCCAUUUUACCAGGAAAACGACUCUGACCUGGAUUCUCCUUUGGCUGACUAUAAACAGAGUUCCACAGAUUCCCUGGUCAUGAUAGGUCAAGAAGAAAGUCUGUAUGACAGACGGAAAGAGGGUGCCACAUCUGCUGAAAACAACAAUGGUGUAGACUUGGAGUAUGUCAGUCCCUGUCCCAUCGAUGGCUCCUGCGCCGGCGUCCUGGUGAAUUCAGAACACCCUAAUGGCUACAGCCCCUGGACCCCUCGUGCAGCAGAGGGGACUCCCAGUAUCAGCGGUCUCCAGGACCUGGAGAGGGAGGUCAGUUCCCCUUCGGUAAACCCAACCAGAGAGCUUCUUUUGGAUGUAGAACAGUCUGGGUUGGGGAACCCCAAUGAGCAGACUGUAGUCAGUCCGCUGUCCGUCUCUUCCCCGAUGCCAUCAUUCAGCUUUGAGCCCCUCAGCAGCCCUGAUGGACCCGUCAUCAUCCAGAACCUCCGCAUCACUGGCACCAUCACCGCAAAGGAACACCGAGGCACCGGCUCACACCCCUACACUCUGUACACCAUCAAAUAUGAGACAGCGAUGGGUUGCGAGAACCCCGGAACCAUGCAGCCAGGCUCUGAGGAUGUCGAACUUCUACAGACAAGUUGUGAGAAUCCAUCUUGCAUCCAGCCGGUGGCCUAUCACAUGGUCAACAGACGCUACAGCGAGUUCCUCAACCUGCAAACGCGGCUGGAAGAAAAAACAGAACAACGGAAACUCAUCAAAGGUGUGAAAGGUCCAAAGAAAAUAUUUCCAGACAUGCCGUUUGGAAACAUGGACAGUGACAAGAUAGAGGCCCGGAAAGGCCUGCUCGAAACCUUUUUAAAGCAACUCUGUGCCAUCCCUGAAAUAGCCAAUAGUGAGGAGAUGCAGGAGUUCCUGGCUCUCAACACAGAUGCCAGGAUUGCCUUUGUCAAGAAACCUUUCAUAGUGUCACGAAUAGACAAGAUUGUGGUGAAUGCCAUUGUGGACACCCUGAAGACGGCCUUUCCUCGUUCAGAACCUCAAAGCCCCACAGAGGAUAACGAGGGAGAGGUGGAUGGAAUGAAAAUGAGUGUGGACAAGAAGAGCAAGUCUCGUCUGAAGUUCUCGAGUAAAAACAUUCCCUCUCUGAAUGGCUCGGUUUUGUUCAGUUUGGAGCAAACUAGCACCGUGUUUAACAGGAUGUCCUUGGGAGAUUUGCAAGAUUUUAUCACCGAACAAGAAAAGCUGUCCAUCGGAGCCGAGUCGGAGAGGGAGGACACUCCAGUGGUCAGAGAACUCGGAGGCUGUCUGGACGACAGCCCGAGAGGAAAGCAGAGUGGGGAACGUGCCUCUGAGACGGCACUGGCUGAGGUGGCUCUGAACAUCCUGUGUCUGCUGGCGAAGGAGCAGUGGAGCUGGCUGUGCACUGAGAACAUUCAGAGGGCCAUCAGGCUGCUGUUCGGGACUCUUAUUAACAGAUGGCUGGAUGUGAGCGUAGCCAACCUGACAUCCAAAAGCUACUGGGUGGUGUACCUGCAGGUCAUCCAGGAGGCUGUCUGGCCAGGUGGAGCUCUGCCCGCGUCCCCUCGACAUGAACGCAGCCAGCAGCAGAAGGACAGCACCAGGCAACAAGCCUUACGCUCUCUGAUGGGACUCCUCCCAGACCUCGUCUCAGAUAUAUUGGGCUCGGACAAGUACAAACUCAGCUGGCAGAUGGCACUGGACUCUUUUCAAGACCCCUACAUUAACAGACACCUGGUCUACUGUGUGUUCGACCUCCUGCUGGAGUUCCUGGUUCCUGAGAUGCCUGAGCAGGACUUCCAGAUGAGGCUGCUGCAGACCCUCUCGAAAAACCCAGAGAAGUCGCUGGCAUGAGGAGACGACCCACAAGGACACCCGCAAAUCCUCCUCCGAUCUCCCAUCAUCCCGACUCAUCAUUCGCCACCGGACGAGAUGCUGGAAAGCGCGGAGGCUGCUCCUGUUAUGCUAACGUCCUGUGAUCAGAGUGUGAGUGAGUGUUUUCUGGUGAGACCAAAUAUACUCUGUCCUCACUCUAAAAUCCUGAGCUCAUUCAACCCUGUCUCCAAUUAGGCGUCGAUCCGCCGUACGAACACACACAUUUCAAGCAGCAUUAAUUACGCGAGAGCACCUGGUUUUUGUUUGAUCUCACGUGUCUGACACGCUGAGCUGAUCCAAACGUGGCAAAGCGUCGUACGUUGAGUAUAGCAGACUCUGACUAAACUCACUCGUUUCCCACUCUGCCCUCAUCCCCUCCCACAGCCUCUGGGUAGAAGACCGCACACCUCUUGCUCUUACCCGGAGCAGCAGGAUCUAGCCACCCUGUGAUUUAGCAUCGCUCUUCACAUUCGUCUGUUCCCCACUCGUGACUCCUAAAUCGGAGCGGUCCUGGCAGAACGUAGGUCCCAGGUCCGAAAUUUAGAAAAACGUACGUGUGUUGUAAUGAAGAGUUGGCUAAAAGAUAUUUUACUGACUUUCCCGGUGGGUUCUUUUAAUGGCUUCCACGGUGCAGUUAAUGUGUAGACAAUGGGAGAGCUAGGCCUCACAAAAACGCCCGUAUAUGAAGGUACGUCUGGCGUUGGCAUGGGUCCAUUCAAUAACCUUUUUUUUUGCAGGCUACUGUAAAACAGUGAACUGGCAGGCGGUUUAACCACAGACCACUAAGGGUUGGUAAAUUAUAUAGAAGCAUAUUCUGUCUCUCUCAUUAGCUAUGGAUAUGAAUGGGGUGUGACGACAGUCAUAGGAUUAAGUCGUUCAGCGUGCGAUCAUGACAUGCCUCCACUUCCUCCCACUGCACAGAAACACAAGGCCAAAAUGCAUCUCUUCAAUCCCAGACCUCAGGCCUCCUUUGGUCACCUGACAAACCAUCUGAAAAAUCUAUGGUCACUUUAAAAAUUCUGCUGAAGGUUUUUGAACUUUAAAAAGAAUUGCCUUAGUAUCUUAUUGCCUUAUGUCACAUUGGCAACACAAUAAUCAGUACUCACUUGGAUGAAGAAUGAAAAGAAAAAUGCUGUGGUUUUCUGAAAAAGUGUGAAUCCAAAGUUCAGACAAAUUGUGUAAAUUCCUGAUGUUGUCACACAGACACUCACUUGAAAAUACUGGUUAGUCUGUCUUCAGUUGAAGAUGGUCAGAGUGGUGAUGCAGCGCCGAGUAAAUCAACCUUUUCUGGCAACAUUUGAAUCUUUCAUAAAUGUAAUGAGCAUUAAAUGAAGAGAAGUUACCAUUUGGAUUGUAAUACUGCACACGUUUUACAGAGUCAACGAAUCAUGUGAAAUGUUUCAUUCUUUCUUUUGCUGUGACAAAACAAAGUCCGAUUUCAAUGUUCCUAUCAUUCCAAUGUUGUGCACUUAUACCCUUAUCAUUGUCUUAAAUCCCUUUUUUUCUCUCUUCCUUUCCACUGUAUUAACUUUGUGAUUCAGUCUAUUUAUUAACCUAUUUAUUUGUUUGAAAUGUUAAAUAAUGUCUUACUCUGAAUUCCAACCAUAACAAAAGAAGGAGUGCGGGUGUCAGUGCUGAGACAGAUGAGCCAGCUACAGUAUUAUGAAGUGCUUUUCCCCCCCUGGAUGUUGCCGAUUGCUCUGUCCCGCAGAGAUGCAGCUGCAGGCGAACCACUGACCGCGAUGAGCGGCCAGAUAGUAGCCCACUGUAGAAAGCUCGCUUCUCUCUUUGUUGUUGUUGAUUUUUUGACUGCACUUGUCGGGUCUCGUACCCACAGCCUCGGGUAUGUGAGACCAAGGCCAAAACCCCUGAGUCGUAGCAUCUGUCGCUGGCACGUCUCUUGCGUAUGUGAUGUUUACAAGCUGCACACACGGUGUUGUGUGGUGCGGCCCUAACCAUUUUUUUGUUUUCAAUUCACAGAGCCAGGGCGGUGUCGAAAAAAUGUUGGGGUUUUACAAAAAGUGUAUUGGAUAAAAAUCGCUUACUGCCCCUUCGACAUGUUCCCUUUUAUUGUGACUGAUUGUGCUGAACACUGAAGCUGUUCCGGUCGCUGUAUGUUACAGUAUGUUAUGGAGGAUUGAGCGACUUAUCAUGUUAUAGUAAGAAAAGACUGUGUAAUAUUAUAAAAGAAUUAUAAAAGAGAAGGUGUUUAAUGUUUCAACAAGAUGCGUUGAUUUUGGUGUAAGUGAUAGUAAGUGAGAGUAUGUUUUUUACAUAACGGACGUAAGUGAUUUAUUGAUGUGCUGUAAUAAUCAGGAUGUUAUGUCACAACAGCAUUUCAAAAAAAGAUCAUGUUAAAACAUUAAAAAGAUCAUGUUAAAGCUUCAAGAGAGCAGCAUUUGUCGUGUGGUGGCGUUACGUUGCUGUACAAUCAACAGUGGAUCAUAGAUGUUUGAGUUUCACAGUAAAAAAAGAAAUGCUCUGUUUGUUCUUGGAACACCAAAUGUUACGUAGAACAGCGGAGACUAUUUCGACAACGGCACAGGAUUAUGUUCGUAAACUGUGACACGGUUCACUUUUCUCCUGUCCCCUCCGCAUUGGCUUUCACACUCUUGUCUUGUUGCCUAUCACGCUUCUGAACAUGUGCUUGUGUCGUGCGUGUCAACGCCGUGAAGCCGUUUCUCCAUUUUCUCUCACAGACUGUGUCACAGUCUUUUAAACACUUGCUGGUUGUUCCUGUGCAUAUUUGCGAACACAAUAAAGAAAGCAAACGCGA